CCACACUGCAGGUUUUUCAGGUCCUUGCUUGAGCGUGCGCUCACAGGCGUAAAUAAACGUGCUAUCAACAGCCUGCGUCAGCCAGCUGGCUAUUUAAGCAGGCUGGCAUCAGCACUCUCAGCUUCCAAACCCAGCACUUGUCUUUGCCACUAACACGCGGGCGCGCCAGGACCAUGUCUGCCGAGAACGCGAGCGGCCCCACCGAGGACCAGGUGGAGAUCCUGGAGUACAACUUCAACAAGGUCAACAAGCACCCGGACCCUACCACGCUGUGCCUCAUCGCGGCCGAGGCCGGCCUGUCAGAGGAGGAGACCCAGAAAUGGUUUAAGCAGCGUCUGGCCCAGUGGCGGCGGUCUGAAGGUCUACCAUCGGAAUGCAGAUCCGUUACAGACUAAGGAAAUGGUGGACACCGGUGGCUUCCCUCCAUGAUGACCAUUUGUUCUGUCUCUCCUCCUUGGCUCCCAACCAAGCUGCUUUGGUUUCUCAGUAUAGUGUUGUUUGUUCCAUUCUUAGCUAGCCUGCUAUUUAACACAGUGUUGUAUUUUUUAAAAUGUAUAUAAGUAUAAAAUAAAAUAACAAUAGGAAGCUAUGUGCAGCUUCUGUAUAAAGCAGUGGAUUGGCUAGGACAGUGGUGUGCAUUUUCCUUUGGGUCAUGAUGACAGAUGCUGUGAAGACCAUCUAAGUUUGUUUUUAACCAUCACCUCCCUGUCACAAUUCCCUUUCAUAUCUAUUUUGGAGCAGACAAGGCCUUUGUUAAAAAGAUGGCACAACCAAGAAGAAGAGACAUUCUCUUCUGAGUCUACUUCCUAAAUCAUAUUCCUUAUAUUUAGUACAUCAAGGUUGAGUGUGAAUACAGAAGGAUAUUUGAGUCAUUGAAGUUUUGUGAAAACAGAUCCUUGUAUUAAAUCUGUAUUAACUUGGAAAGAAUCAGUUAGGCUAGAAGAAAGAAGUUCCAACUGGAAGAAAAGAAAGUAACUAGGAAAACAAUCCACAAACAUCUUGAAUUUACCUUAUUUAAAUGCAUUUGUUACAUUUAUUUUUGCUAAACAAUGAACUGUUUUUUGUCUCUAAAAUGAUAACUUCAAAUAAAACUGUAACUUUUGCUGAAAA